AUGGGAUGUACGAGUUCUAAUUAAACAACUGAUCAAGUUAUUUGCUAAGUGUCCAAUCCCCAAUUCAGGGAAAGUGCUAAACUUAAAAUAGGUGUCAACUAUGAUACUGAGAAUUAAGACGCAAGGAUGUAUUCGAUUACAAAAAAUCCAAUUGUGCAAAGAAGAAUUCUCAAGUCAAUCAAACCUAAAGUUUCGAUUACAAAACAAUAUUCAGAUGAAACAUAUGGAUCGUUUUAUUGA